GCUCGUGCAAAGGUUUGGGAUAUUGGGGUUUGAACCGGACACGUUUUGAUGGUUGCGUUACAUUGUGUAUAUCGAUGGAAGUAUAUUUUUGGGUCUGUACUCAGAGGUUAUCAUUCGCAAAAAAAGAUUAGCGACUAUCUAAAAGAUGGCUACUUUUCAGAGAUCCUCCCAAGCAGAAGCGAAAAAUACCUAUCAAAUCUUGAAACAACUGGAAACUUUUCUGUGUAUGCUGGAUUUGAUCCUACAUGCAACAGUUUGCAGUUAGGAAACUUAGUAGCUGUCUGUGGUCUGCUUCGAUGCCAUUUAUCCGGCAAAGAUAUCAUUGCGGUUGUUGGUGGAUCUACUAGUAUUUUGGGUGACCCUAGCGGUAGAACCAAAAAACGUGAUUAUCAGUCUUUGGAACAAUACAUCUCCAAUUCCACCCAUAUAGAGCAUAAUCUAAAUCAGAUCUUCCAUAAUUACUGGACGCAAAUUGUCCCAUCUAUACCUAUUUCUGGAAAGCUAGGUUCAGUUCAUGUUGUUAACAAUGCCGAUUGGCUGGCUCAUAAAAAAGUAAUGGACGUUUCGUGCGAAGUGCUGACACAUUUUAAGCUGUCAGAACUUUUAGAAAAAGAAAGCGUUAAGAAACGAAUGGAAAGCGGAAAUACUAUGGAUCUUGGCGAAUUUUUCUAUCCAAUAUUACAAGCACUAGACUUUUUAUACCUACACGAAAAGCUUAAUUGUUACGUGCAGGUCGGUGGACAAGACCAGAUCGGCAACAUAACUUGUGGAUUAAAUCUCAUUCAUCGCCAACUUGGCCGGCGUGUUUUCGGCUUGACCGUUCCUCUGUUAACUACUCCCGAUGGUCAGAAAUUGGGCAAAUCCGUUUCUAAUUCAGAAUGUGGAAUGGACUCCAUAUGGUUAAUGGGUGAAAAAUUAAAACCUUACAAUUUCUACCAAAAGAUUUUAAAUUUGCCGGAUAGUAUCAUAUCAGAUAAAUUAGUUCGUCAGUUAACAUUCUUUGGAUCCGACGAGAUAAAUCAGUUGUUAACUAAUCAUAAAAAUCAUCCUGAUCGUCGUAUAGUUCAAAAGGCAUUGGCCAAAGAACUCACUUUAUUAGUUCAUGGAGCUUAUGCUUUACAAGCUUCGGAACUUGCAAGUCGAAUAUUUUUCCCUACAAGUUCUGUAAAUUGUCCCGAUAAUAGCGUGUCGAGUGAUGAAAACAGCCUGGAAGCGAUUCAAACUAAACUGAAUAAUUCAGAACGAAACUACCUUCUUUCGUGCUUAGAAUCAUCUUCACAAUUUCUACCGGUUAUUUUCCCUAAAAAUUUCACUGAUUCUUUGAAAAGAUCUGAUCAGAGAUCUGGUCAACUUAUGGAAAGUGUUUUGGACCUAAUUAUGCUUACUUCAAAUUUUAAAGAUCGAUAUGAAGCUUUAAGAACAUGCUCCACUAGAGGUGUUGUACUUAAUGACGUUAACCUUUUAAAGAAGGACAAUAAGUCUGAAAUGUCACCGGAAAAUAUACAAGCAGCAUUUGACAGAUUUGAUGAAGCCACUGGUCUAGGUAUCUUACGACUAGGUAAAAAUGAACAUUGGUUUGUCGCAACCAAAUCAAACCUUACUCAAUAAACUGUUUCUAAAAUGUAUAGUUGUAAUAUAACUUGCCUAUUGUAAAUGUAUACAACUCAUUCAGUCAGUCAGCUACAACACAGAACUUUGUACGUAUGUACAUCAGUUCAAGUUGCCAUACCACAGCACACAGAGAUCGAAUUGUCAAUUCAAAUCCCACAGCAGCAGCGGUAAUCUAAAUGUACGCAGUGUUUAUUAUUAUUGAUCAGAAGUUAUAAGUUUCAUUUACAUUUGAUUGUGACGGUGACAAUGUCUAAAAAGUAGAUUUGUAGUGUGGGUAUUGUUAAAUAAAUUAAUCUUAUCAGAAAAGAUUCGGUAA